UUCUCCUCAUCUCACACCUUUUGGUCUUUGAAAAAUGGGAACUGGUUGGAGAAGAGCCUUUUGCACACGCGACCCAGAAUCCACCCUAUCCGAUAACAAGCAUCGUAGAAGCUCAAGCCCAAGCCCAAGCCCGAGAAGCUGUGGCAGACUCGGUUUCCUCAGCAAUCCUUCCACUCCAAGGUUGCAUCAACAGCAAUCUCAAUCCGUUUCAAGCCCAAGCCUGCGUUGCCGUACAAUCGCCGAAGCAGCUGCAUCAAAUGAGAGCCCCAGAGUUGCAAGCAAAUUAAGCACGCCAAGAGCAAACAAGUCCCCCAAGACGCUUGCAGCUUCAAAUCCAUCUUCACCUCGUUCCCCUCUCAAAUUGUCCCUAUUCAAGAACAGCUUCAAAUUCAGGAGUAGCUGCGGAAUAUGCUUGAACAGCGUGAAGACGGGACAAGGCACUGCGAUAUACACUGCAGAAUGUGCCCACGCUUUCCACUUUCCUUGCAUAGCUUCACAUGUUCGCAAGCAAGGUAGCCUUGUGUGCCCAGUUUGCAACGCUACGUGGAAAGACGUGCCACUUCUUGCUGCGCACAAGAACCUCCCUUCAGAGUCUCAGAAUGCCAGCGACAUGAAGAAUCCCACAGAAAAUAACAAUUCCUCAGUUUUCAACACAAACCCUGUGGAGCCACCUCAGCAACAGAAGCAUUCAGAGUCGAUUAGGUUCUACGACGAUGAUGAACCUCUCCUUUCUCCGACCUCCGGCGGCAGGAUUAUUCCGAUUCCUGAAGCUGAUGAAAAAGCGGAAGACGAAGACGACGAAGACGAUGCCGGUGAAUUUCAAGGAUUCUUCGUUAAUCCAAAAUCUUCUGCUUCCUCAGUCAAAUCCUACUCUGACGAGUUUCAAAAUAUUGAGGCAGAUUCCAGGACCGUUCAGGUGAAGCUCAUGCCGGAGUGUGCCGUCAUUUCCGUCUCAAGAACUCACGAGACCUACGCUUUGGUGCUCAAAGUGAAGGCUCCGCCACCACCGCCGCUUACUCCGGUGCGGAACAUGUCGCAACAGCGAGCACCGAUAGAUCUUGUGACGGUUCUUGACGUUGGAGGAACCAUGACCGGCGCGAAGCUGCUCAUGCUGAAGAGAGCGAUGCGUUUGGUUAUCUCAUCACUCGGCCCCGCAGAUAGGCUCUCGAUCGUGGCCUUCUCCGCGUCGCCCAAACGGCUCUUACCGUUGCGGAGAAUGACACCUCAGGGACAGCGCAUGGCUCGCCGCAUCCUCGACCGCCUUGUCGCUGGCCAAGGCGGAAACGGCAACGCCGGCGAGGCACUCCGCAAAGCGACGAAAGUCUUGGAAGAUCGGAGAGAGAGAAAUCCUGUAGCGAGCGUGAUGCUCCUGUCGGACGGCCAAGACGAGAGAGUCCAAGCAAGCAACAAAUCCAAUCAACGAAAACCAUCAAGCCACGUGUCAUCGACUCGGUUCGCACACAUCGAGAUCCCGGUUCACUCAUCCGGUUUCGGCACAAAAAGCGGUUACAGCAACGAACCUUCAGAGGACGCGUUCGCGAAGCGCGUGGGCGGCUUAUUAAGCGUGGUGGUUCAAGAUCUUAGAGUCCAGCUCGGCGUGCAGUGCGACUCCGCUGAAAUCAGUGCUAUAUACUCUUGCGGCGGAAGGCCAACGCUUCUGAGCUGCGGCGCCGUGAGGCUCGGCGAUCUUUACGCGGAGGAAGAGAGGGAGCUCCUUGUUGAGCUUCGAGUUCCCGUUCCCGCUUUCACCACUCGCCACGUCAUCACCGUACGGUGCCUAUACAAGGACCCUGCCAGCCAAGAGAUUGUGUACGGUCGGGAGCAGGGACUCGUGGUGCCACCACCGCAGAGCACGCGUUGUUCUUCCGGCGCAAGAGUCGAGAAGCUGAGGAACUUGUUCAUCACGACGCGCGCCGUAGCUGAGUCUAGAAGACUGGUGGAUCACGGUAACGAUUUCACCAGCGCGCACCAUUUGCUUGCUUCGGCUCGCGCGCUUAUUUUGCAAUCUGGUUCGGGUUCGGAAUAUGUUCGAGGUUUGGAGGCUGAGCUGGCAGAGAUUCAUUGGCUGAAGCAUCAGAAGGUUCAGAUGGAGCAGGUUCAGGUCCAGCAGCAGCAUAUGAUAGCGAUGCAGUCGCGGCGGAGAGGGGGAGAUCAUAGGGAUAAGGAAACGAGUUUUGUGGAUGAGAACGGCGAGCCGGAAAUUAGAACAUUUGGUGAUGGCUCUUUCUGAUAUAGAAGAUGGCUACAGAGGGGAAAGGGAGUUAUAUAAUUAGGGGUAUGCCCCAUUGUAUAAUUUGAGAUAUUGAUUGGUUAGUUAGUUGUUUGUUGUUUUGUGCUUUUUUAAUUUUUGGUUUUUAGAAUGUUCAAUCAUUUGCUUUUGAGUAUUCAGAGCUCAGGAGAUGAUGUGUAGUACUUUACUUCUUGAAUUCCAUCAUGUAUACACACACACUUUUGUGAUGAUAAAAACAAACAAGACACUACUCGAAACUUA